UGGGAGGGCUGCAUGUAGAGCCCAAAAGACAAAACAAAAGCUGCACAUUUCAACCGUCAGGCGCUGGUCGCUUUUUCUUAUUUUGUAAAUCUGAACAAACCUGAUUUCUUAGUCUUAUCGAUUUCUGUGUAACAGCAAUAUCAUUAAAGUUCUGGAUCAUGCCCAGUAGCACUUCUUUGCUGGAGGCCGAUGAGGGAGAGUCCGAGGUCCCACCGCCGCUAGUGCACGCUUUCGCCGGUAUAGGCCUCGAUGAGCACCACGGUACUCAGAACCAGAGCCCCGAACAAGUGGAUGAAAGUCUGUCCUUUCACCACAACCACCACCAGGUCUCUCACUUCAACCUCCUCGGUACGGUGUUAGACUUGAAACCAUUGCCUCUGAACCGGCCGCCCUCGGGAGACGAGAUGAAGACGGCGCCCGAGGACGAAGAGCCGGAGGUCGCAGCCGUCGUCGACUCCCCCUCGGUUAGCGCCGACAACUCGUUGCUAGCGCAGGCCCACCGCCACAAACACCUGCCGCCGGGGCCGGCGGUGGUGCCGUCCAGGAUGGAGCACAUCGAGACGGUCUUGUUGUACAGCGGAGGGGAGCAGGAUGAUGCCACCGCGGUCGGCGGCAGCGCCCUACUAUCGUCUAGCGGCAUGGCGAUGCUGCCGCCCGGCGUGUUCGCGGAGCCCGGGUACGAGGCCGAAGCGUCGCUGUUGGCCCGGCGAAAGAGCGUCAACACCACCGAGUGUGUGGCCGUGCCGAGUUCCGAGCACGUCGCGGAGAUCGUGGGCAGACAGGGCUGUAAGAUUAAGGCACUGAGAGCCAAGACCAACACCUACAUCAAGACACCAGUGAGAGGGGAUCAGCCCGUCUUUGUUGUGACGGGACGCAAAGAAGAUGUGGCCAUGGCCAAGAGGGAGAUCUUAUCUGCGGCCGAGCACUUCUCCCUCAUCCGAGCGUCUCGUAACAAGACGGGCCCCCUGGCUGCUGCGACUGGUCCUGGGAUGCCUACUCUACCUGGACAGACGACCAUUCAGGUGCGGGUACCCUAUCGUGUUGUUGGGCUGGUUGUGGGUCCAAAAGGGGCAACCAUCAAGCGCAUCCAGCAACAGACCCACACUUACAUUGUGACACCGAGUCGAGACAAAGAGCCUGUAUUUGAGGUCACUGGGAUGCCAGAAAACGUUGACCGGGCCAGGGAGGAAAUCGAGGCACAUAUUGCCAUGCGCACAGGGACCGGUGGGGGUAUCGAGGCUCCAGGUGUAGACAACAAUGAUUUUCAAUACAACGGGACAGAUGUCAGCUUUGAGAAUUCGGCAGCCGCAAUGGGGUUAGGGAAGCCCGGGUGGCUUCACGCUAAUGCAACAUCACCGGGUGGCAGUGGCUUGGUGCCAGUGAGCAUCAAUGGUGGCCAGCAAGUCAAUAGCAAUAUCAAUAGUGGCGUCAGGAUGUCUUCCAACUACCGCAACGACAGCUCCAGUUCACUCGGCAGUGGCUCCAGCUCCGCUGAUUCUUUCUACGGCGGUGGGAACGCUAACCGGAUGGCAGAUUUCAGCCCAACCUGUUCGUAUAAUGCCAAUGCUAACAACAACAGUCGUAAUUCUGGCACUCCAGCUUUGUGGUAUGGCGAAAACCUUCUUCCUGUGGGGUCUGAGGAGCUGGUCAGCUUGGGAGGGGGAGGAGGAGGAGGAGGAGGCUCCUCCUCAGGUUUUGACCCAUUAACCAUCUCUACUGCCCAAUCCUCACACCCUGCUGCACAGACGCAUGUCUGGAGCUCCCUUGUGGACCACCAACCCCUCCAGGCCUUUGAUGUUCUUCAGUCUCAGACCAGUCAGCCUGGGACACCCCGGCUCUCUCCAACCUUCUCUGGGACAGAAGCGCUGGAGCACCCUCAGGCUCAGCGUGUUCAUCGAGGGCCUUUGGGCUCAGCUGGGGCCCUUGAUACCCAAAGGUUCCCCACUUACAGCUCGGCCUUCUCCUCUUCCAGUGAAAGCACUGCCUCCUCUUCCUCGCCUCCCGACUCCUCCCUCUUCUAUCGACCAGGGCUCGGAUCAGCUGCGGGGAGAGGACAGGAGAUAUGCAUUCACUGUAUGGAUAACCAGGUGAUCGCUGCCUUGGUUCCCUGUGGCCAUAACCUCUUCUGUCUAGAUUGUGCCACCCAGAUAUGCCAGUGUCCAGAAGCCGUUUGUCCUGUGUGCCUGUCCCCCGUCACGCAGGCCAUUCAGCUCCGCAACAUGUGAUUUUUAAUCCAUUCACCUCAGCGGUUGAUGAGGGAUCAGCCUCCCCAACACUACACGUUUUGUGUGGGGAAAUUACAAAACUGACCCUUGGAUUAGCGUAGAGGUUUUGUUGAAGCUGGUGUUGACACAGGUGAGGGAGAGUAGGUGAGUAAAGAGUGAUCUUUGUUCAGGGCAUGGGUUUGGCUCUUGAGCCCAUUCAUGUGCCUGAUAUUGUGAAGUCUUCUUCCUUGACUGAUUGAUCAAUUGGAGGGUGUUAUAAGCCCCCUAUGUAGCAUUGGGUGGGGUGGGACAUCAAUUUUUUUUUCACAUUGCAAUUUUUGAUUUCCAUUUUCGUCACCCUUAUUUCAACUUUUUGCCUACCUAUGUUUUAUUGAUUUAAAAAUUUAUUUUUCUAGAACAUUUAAAACCCUUUUAGAACUCCAGGAAACUCCAUAAUGUUGGCUUUUUUUUGUUUACAUCUCCAACUUAAAACUAAACACAUUUGCUGCUACAAUUUUGUCAUUCUUGCCCCUUUUGCCUCCUAAUUUUGCUCAUGGCAAAAAAAACACACAGGACAUUUUGAGGUGAGCAUGUUUACAUAUACCCAGUCACAAAUUGAUUGUAGUUCUUUUUGCGACCGCAGCAUUUGAAUGCCACAGUAAACAUGCUACGUCACGCUAACACAUGCUAACGCUGUCCCACAUAAAUUGCAUAUAGUAUAGUUGUUAUUACUCUGAAUAGGACAUGUUUACAUGCUCAAGAUAAUUAAUGAGCAUAUCAUACUCAUACAAAUGCACCCAAAUAUUUUUUUUAAAACCAAGUGAGUUAAAGCCACACUUGGCAAAGUUGUCAUUUCCACCCUGGUAGCGUCUUGUUGCCGCUGGGUUUCUGUCUUUCCCAGAUUGAAGCCAGUACCAGGACGUUGCACCACUUCAGUUACCACCGUGUUGCUUUCUAUUUCUAAAUGUUUACGGUAAACUUGUGCCUAAUUCCAAGUAAGCAUAAAGAAACAAAUAUUCCGGCGAUUACACAGCAUUGCUCCGUCUUAAAAAAAACAAAAACAAACGUGUGGCCUUUUCUGAAAGCCUGUAAUUAUAACUGACAACACUAAGUCCAAUAAGGAACACAAGCUGAAAGUCAGACUGAAGUCUUAACGUUCACCCUCUUACAUUCAUUGUUGUGAAUCAAAGAUUCUCUGUUGCUUCCUAUUCUGUAGAGCAUUUCACGAGUAUUAUACAGCUUUUUUUUUUUUUUUAAGAAUGAACACUCCCAUUUUGUCCCCCCAUCUUAUUCUUUUUUUUUUUUUAAAUAUAUAUAUAUAUAUUUUUUUUAAUAUAUUGAUCCUGGUUUUCAGCCAGAAAUAUAUGCACAGCUUAUUUCUUUUGGUUAACAUUCCUCCUUCCCCUGAAUUGCAGUUCAUUUUUUAUUAAAAAAAUAACAACUUGAUCCCUACCUGGGAGCCGAUAUUGUUUGAAAGAAACACUAUGAAGACAACAGAUGUAAUCUGGAACGAGUCUCUGUACUGUACAGACAGGCUGCUGACCUAAAGCCAUCUCAAUAGCCUCCCUUUUCUGUCACUUGAAUGUCGAUCUCCUCGGACUGCUCCCCCCCCGGCCGUCUCGCGGGAUGCAAAAUUGAGAUGGCACACCACUCACUUUCACUUUAAUUCUAUUUUGUUUCGUCUAUCAGGCCUAUGCAAACAUCAUCUCAGUGUUCUAAAUCCUGGAGAAAGUACUAGGUAAAUUAUACUCCUUGGAUUUUAUUUACAGAGUCUCAGACAUACACCUUUUCAACUAACCCUCCAUUUUCUUUUUGUAAUAUUUUAUACAAGGGGGGGUUUAACCUUCAUCUCCUGCUUUAAUGUGCUGAUGAGGUGUUUUCAAAUGGUACACACACACACACACACACAUCCUGCUUAACCUUUUAUCAGCUCUCUUUCUGGGGUCCUUCAAAGCACAGCCUUCCCCCCCGCUCCUUAUCAAACUAUCGACUAGUUGGGACUCAAAAACACAUUUGUAUUUUUUCUCCCUUCUCCUUUAAUAUGCACAUCUGUCCACUCCCCUUCCUGAUGAAUGAAGAAAAAAGGUACAAAUCAGUGGAAAUCAUCUCAUAUCUUAGCUUUAAAAACCAGUCUCUCUAGACUUUUUUUUGUUUUUUAACUGGACUGAAUGAGUUGUUGGGUGUUUUCAAAAGGGGUUAAGCAGCUGGAAUGAUUUCAUCUUGGACUGUGCCAACACUACGUUACAUCAAUAUUAUUGCUUUACUGUGUGGACUUUGAAGUGGAGUCCCCCUAGCAUUCCAGCUGUAAACAGUGUUCUGGGAGUCGUGUCUUUGCUCGGAAACAUCUCCACGCGACUGUGAUGAGAGGUUUCUUGGGGGGGGGGAAAUGGAGCUAAAUGAGUUCCGAAAUGUGCAAAAAACCCAUUUCCAUCUGCUCCCUGGGGUUUUCUGUCCGUCCUUUUUUUUAUUUUUUAUUUUAAUUCCCCUCAGAUCUACCAACGGUCCUUUCUUUCUCUGCUCUCUCCAAGGGAAUGCAAUAUACUGUCAGGCCCUCACUUCUUCAACACAAAUCUAUUGACAUUUUUGUGUAUGUAUUAUAUAUUGCUGUUCAUGACUGAUGAUGAAUAUACAGAACUUAUUUUUAUUUUGUUACAUUUCAUAUAUAUACAUAUAAAUAUAUCUAUAUUAAAAUGUUUACAAGAAGAUUUUAUUUUUUACUUUUAUCUGAGUGAUUUAAAGUGAGUUAGAGACUCGGAGCCGUUGCAGGAGAGUGUUAAUGCUAUCUGCUUGUAGUUUUAGUCGUUAGUUCACAGUAUUGAUGAUCAUAGUAUUGAUAGCUGCAGUUCAACCCUAGUGGAAAACGGAAUGUGCAUCACGAGCAUGUCUUUAUAAUGUAUCUCCAAUGUAAAAAAAAAAAUGUCAUAACCAACUGUAAAAAGGCCAAGGACUCAAGCUGCCUGUCAUGUUCGUACGCCAUCAAAUAAUGAACGGUAUACUGUAACAUGUAUCUUAGUUUAUCUACAUAUAAAACAAAAAAAAUAUAUACAUAUUGUUAAGCUGUAUCAACCGUUCAAAAAGUAUUUGCUAAUUUUACUACACUUUUUUGUUUUGUAUAUGUGGGGGGAGUCUUAUGGCAUAUUAAUUCUUCAAAUUGAGUCAGGAGUUAAAAAGCAGACUAUAUUUUAUAAUGGCCUUUUAAGUUAUUGUGGCCAAAGCACUGAUAUUAUAUAUUUGCUGUAAAGAGAAUUUAAGAGUUUUAUUUUUCUGAUAUUAAAGUUACUUAUUAAAGACUGUUUCAUUUAAAGCCA